AGCUCACACGAACUCAAGAUCGUGGUUGAAUAGCACCCGAAAAGUGAAGAUCCACACUGAAAUUCCGAUUUCGAUUCAGCUUUUCUAUCAGAUUACAAUGUCCACAAAUUCACGCUUUUUAUUUUUUAUUUUUUUUUCCUGAGUUCACUAUAAGAAACACUUUGUUAAUGUAGAAAAACACUACUUGCAAUCCACAAUUCUGAUCGAGCAAAGUCGUUGACGCUGCCGUCUAUGCUGAAGAAUGAACGAUUCACGAAAUCGAGGGAUUUAAUCAUCAAAAAAUUUUUGUGGUUAAUCCAAUGAAUCACUAUGGAAGAACUGCUCACUAUGUGGAGAGGGUACAAACCCAUUUGGGACAUUUUCAUCAGCAACACAUUUGUAGAUGAGCAACCCAUCUUAGUAAGGAUGACCCAAACCAAAGGGAAGGAUAGACAAAUAUUAAUUUGCAGUUACUAUGUAUACCAAUCCUGUAAUGUCUAGUGGGAAUGUGAAUCAAAGGUGGAGUGUGUGAUGCUUGGGGAACUCAAGGAGAAGAGGCUAUAGCUGGGGCUGUAUGGAAAACAUUUGGAAUGGAGCUAGCAAACCAAUUCUGGCUGAUUUUACAAGGAAGACGGGUGUAAACUUGGGGAUUCCUCUGAAACCUUAGGGCAAAAUGUGAAUUUGUCCCUCUAAGGAACUUGCUGAAUGUCUUAGUAAAGAUCUUCUAAUUGUUUGAUUACUUCAUAUGCUUACGAACAUCCACUCGUCCCCCAUGAGUUCUACUGUUUCAACAUCUAGAGGAAUACUUCCACCAGCUAGGCUUGAUACCUGUGAAUCUGGGGUUUCUGGUCCUUUUAGCCAGAUAGAACCAGGGUUCAAUGACAAUGAUGAAACAGAAUUGCUCUUUGUAUCUUGGAAUCAAGACUACGGUUGCUUCGCAGCUGGAACAAGCCGUGGUUUUCGUAUCUAUAAUUGUGAUCCUUUCAAGGAAACUUUCAGACGUGAUUUGAAAAACGGAGGAUUUGGAAUUGUUGAGAUGUUGUUUCGGUCCAACAUUCUGGCACUUGUUGGUGGUAAAGCCAAUUCCCAGUACCCUCCUAAUAAAGUUAUAAUUUGGGACGAUCAUCAGAGCCGGUGCAUUGGUGAAUUUUCAUUUAGGUCUGAAGUUCGUGCAGUGAAACUAAGACGGGAUCGCAUUGUUGUUGUUCUUGAGCACAAGAUAUAUGUCUACAAUUUUAUGGAUCUGAAGCUUCUUCAUCAGAUAGAAACUCUGGCCAACCCCAGGGGACUUUGUUGCCUUUCACAGAACUUGAAUACAUCUGUCUUGGCUUGCCCAGGUCUACGACGAGGGCAGGUUCGGAUUGAACACUUUGGUCUUAAUAUGACCAAGUUAAUAAAUGCUCAUGAUUCACAAAUAGCAUGCUUAAACUUAACAAUGGAUGGACUUCUUCUUGCGACUGCUAGUACAAAAGGAACUUUGAUAAGAAUUUUCAACACAAUGGAUGGGACCAGGUUACAGGAGGUACGCAGAGGAGUGGAAAAGGCAGAUAUUUUUAGUAUUGCUCUCUCUCCUAAUGUCCAGUGGUUGGCUGUGUCAAGUGACAAGGGUACUGUGCAUUUAUUCAGCCUCAGAGUUCGGGUUGUGGGAGAGGACUCAGCUACUUGUUCAAGUGCUGUUCAAAGUCCAGCAAUGGUUUCCCACAAUUCAUCAUCUUCCCUUGAUGCUCUUAUUUCUCCAAGUACUAGUGCCAAUCCUGGUUCAUCAUUGUCUUUUAUGAAAGGGGUGUUACCAAAGUAUUUUAGCUCAGAAUGGUCAUUUGCCCAGUUUCACUUACCAGAAUACACCGAAUUCAUUGCAGCAUUUGGAUCUCAGAACACUGUCAUUAUUGUUGGCAUGGAUGGGAGGAAGGAAAUAGGAGGGAAGGGAUCGUUGGUUUUCAUCAAUUUGUUUGUUUCUACAGGUGCAGUUUUGAUCCUGUUAAUGGAGGGGAGAUGUUGCAGCAGCAGGAAUAUGUUCGCUUUCUCAAGACGGACAAUAGGCCAAAAUAAGGGCUAUCGUGAUAAUUCCAUGAGCUAAAUAAAUUCCUCGGCCUUGUAAAUAUGAAACCCAAAUAUAUACUGGUGUAAGUAUAUCUUACAUUCAUCGAAAUAGAAAGUCUUUAAGAAC